UUUUUCACCCUGAAGACAGUCAAAGCUCCCACACAGCUCACUUGACGUCUGCAGAGUGGGCGGGAAUUCGACCAUUAAUGGGACAACUUCCUGUACAGAGCAGUGGACAGCUUUUAUGUUGGUGAUUUUUUCAACUCUGUUCAUGGUUUGAUGAAGAGUGGGUUUGUUUGUGGGAUACAGAGAAGAUGCUCCUUAUUUGUCGUGUCGGUGUUCCACACUGUGAAUCAUGCUGGUGGAAGGGCAGGAUGAUCCCAGAACAGCUACACUACUAAACAUAAAUAACAGCAAUACAAGAUAAUAAAGGAAAUGUUAUGACUCACACAGCUGUCCUCUUACCUUUGCCUUCAUCAUCUUCAUUACCACCUUCAUCAUCCUCGUCCUCCUCUCUGAGCUAACAUGGAGAGCGCUAACACCUUCCUGUACUUUGCCUAUGGCAGUAAUCUUCUGAAGGAGCGCCUGCAGCUGAAGAACCCGUCCGCUUCAGUUCACUGUGUGGCCCGACUCAAGGAUUAUAAACUGGUAUUCGGGAACUUUAAAGGCAUGGUUAGUGAUCGCUGGCACGGCGGUGUGGCCACCAUCGAGCGCAGUCCCGGCGAUGAGGUGUGGGGCGUGGUGUGGAGGAUGAACAUGUCUGACCUGGAGUCUCUGGACAGUCAGGAGAACGUGACGUUGGGAGCAUACAGCCCCGUAGAACUGUCAGUGACAUCCAAGAAAGAGGAGCUGAGCUGCCGGACCUACAUCAUGAACAGCUGCAUCUAUGCUCCUCCAUCUCCUCAGUAUCUAAAGGUGAUCGUGAUGGGGGCGGAGCAGAACGGCCUGCCCAAAGAUUACCAGGAGAAGCUGAGAACCAUAAAGACCAACAUGUAUGAAGGUCCUCUGCCCAUGAUGAAGGAACUGGAGCGAAUCAGGAGGGCCAAAGAGAGGGACUGUAAAGACCCUGAUGAAAGCACAGUGAAGGUCUACUUCCAAUAGUUGGAAAGAAUCUAAAGUCAGACUCUAAAGUUGAACUCUAAAGUCGGACUCUAAAGUCGGACUCUAAAGUUGAACUCUAAAGAUGAACUCUAAAGUUAAACUCUAAAGUCGGACUCUAAAGUUGAACUCUAAAGUCGGACUCUAAAGUUGAACUGUAAAGUCAGAGUCUAAAGAUGAACUCUAAAGUCGGACUCUAAAGUCAGACUCUAAAGUAAGACUCUAAAGUCGGACUCCAAAGUCAGACUCUAAAGUCAGACUAAAGUCGGACUCUAAAGUCGGACUCUAAAGUCGGACUAAAGUCGGACUCUAAAGUCCGACUAAAGUCGGACAAAAGUCAGACUCUGGAGUCAGACUCUAAAGUAAGACUCUAAAGUCAGACUCUAAGUCAGACUCUAAAGUCGGACUCUAAAGUUGAACUCUAAAGUCGGACUCUAAAGAUGAACUUUAAAGUCGGACUCUAAAGUAAGUCUCUAAAGUCAGCCUCUAAAGUCAGAUUCUAAAGUCAGACUAAAGUCGGACUCUAAAGUUGGACUCCUAAGUCAGGCUAAAGUCGGACUCUAAAGUCAGACUCUAAAGUCGGACUCUAAAGUCAGACUAAAGUCGGACUCUAAAGUUGGACUCUUAAGUCAGGCUAAAGUCGGACUCUAAAGUCAGACUCUAAAGUCGGACUCUAAAGUCAGACUAAAGUCGGACUCUAAAGUCAGACUAAAGUCAGGCUAAAGUCGGUCUCUAAAGUUGGACUCUUAAGUCAGGCUAAAGUCGGACUCUAAAGUCAGACUCUAAAGUCGGACUCUAAAGUCAGACUAAAGUCGGACUCUAAAGUUGGACUCAUAAGUCAGACUAAAGUCGGACUCUAAAGUCAGACUCUAAAGUCGGACUCUAAAGUCGGACUCUAAAGUCGGACUCUAAAGUCAGACUAAAGUCGGACUUUUAAGUCAGGCGCUAAAGUCGAACACUUAAGUGGGACUCUAAAGUCAGACUCUUAAGUUGGACUCUAAAGUUGGACUCUUAAGUGGGACUCUAAAGUCGGACUCUAAAGUCAGACUAAAUUUGGACUCUUAAGACAGACUCUUAAGUGGGACUCUAAAAUAGGACUUUAAAUUCAGACUCUAAAGUCAGGGUAAAGUUGGACUUGAAAGUCAGACUCUAAAGUCGGACUCUAAAGUCAGACUCUAAAGUCAGACUCUAAAGCCAGACUAAAGUCAAACUCUAAAGUCAGACUCUAAAGUCAGACUCUUAAGUAGAACUCGAAAGUCAGACUCGAAAGUCAGACUAAAGUUGGACUCUUAAGACGGACUCCAAAGCUGGACUCUUCAGUGGGACUCGAAAGUAGGACUCGAAAGUCAGACUCUAAAGCAAGACUCUAAAGUCAGACUCUAAAGUUAGACUAAAGUCAAGCUAAAGUCAGACUCUAAAAUCAGGCUAAAGUCGGACUCUAAAGUCGGACUCUAAAGUCAGGCUACAGUCAGACUCUAAAGUCAGACUAAAGUCGGACUCUAAAGUCAGACUCUAAAGUCAGGCUACAGUCAGACUCUAAAGUCAGACUAAAGUCGGACUCUAAAGUCAGACUCUAAAGUCAAACUAAUGUUGGACUCUAAAGUCAGACUCUAAAGUCAAACUAAAGUCAGACUCUAAAGUCAGACUCUAAAGUCGGACUCUAAAGUCAGACUAAAGUCGGACUUAUAAGUGGGACUUUAAAGUCAGACUAAAGUUGGACUCUAAAGUCUGACUCUAAAGUCGGACUCUUAAGUGGGACUAUAAAGUCGGACUCCAAAGUCAGACUUUAAAGUCAGACUAAAGUUGGACUCUAAAGUCGGACUUUAAAGUCAGACUCUAAAGUCAUAUCAGGGUAAAUGCUGAGAGCUGAUGAGGAUUGAAAUAAAAGUCAUAUGUAGACCAUAAAGACUGUAAAAGAGCAGCUUUAAAAUGAUAUUACAACAUCCUGUGAAUUUUUCUGAUAUGUUUUUAACCAAAUAAACCUUGUGGGGUUGGA